AUGUACUCAAACGUUUCAUUACUUAUACUAUUUGCCGCUAUCCUUGCUAAUAUUUCUAUUUACCCUAUACCGAAUACAGAUGCUUCGAGUUUAAACCAUUCCAUCUUUAGUUACGUCCAAAUUAAAUCCGCAACAGGAUCUGCAUCAGGAUCAGGCCCAUCGUCGCCAAAUGAACGAAAGAGAAAGCUUAGUGGUGAUGACUGUGACUCAGGGUCUUCUGGACGCCGUUCUUCACGAAGGCUUCGUGUUGAGGAAGGUGAAUCAACCUCCACUCUCAACACACUAGAGUUCUUGAGCGAAUCUUUAGAUGAUAUUACAUCAGUUCAAAAGCCAGAACAGGUUUCUGAAGAACAGUUAUUAGAUUUGAUUCUUAGUGAAUAUGAAAAUAGAGGUAUACAAAGGGAAGAGAUAACCGAAGAACAAAUAUGUGCCUCCGCUUCUGCUCAAGCCAAAAAUUGUUUUAAGAAAUGGAAGCAAGUUAAGCAAAGCCUUAAAUGUUUAGAAGCAUCCCUUAAUGAUUUAGAGGAAAGACAGAGGUGUUGUCCUGUUGCUGAUGAUGAUGAGGCGAGGUCUUACUCGGAGGCUCACUUUGAAAUACUUCAAAAACAGGAAUUAGUUUCUCAAAUAGAAGCAUCUCUAGCUUCUAGUUACAAUCACUUCUUAAACAUCAAGGAAAAACACAGCAAAGUUAGAAGAAGUGCGAGACUUGGUAAUAACCGUCAACCUGGUACUUCAACCCACAUUCCUCAACAACCAUCUCAAACUCCAUCUACUUCAUCUUCACAAGGACAGUUUGGUACAACACAAUCAACACAUGCAACUGCCCGCACCCACACUCGCACUUCUCAAGCAGGUAGAGGUGUAACUUCUACUCGUCGCUCUAGAAGAAAGAGAUAUCGCAGACGUAGAAGAACAUUUUAA